AUGUCUAACGCCGAUUCACGCUUACGGCGGGAUAAGUCCCUGUUCUUCGACGAUGGCAACAUUAUCAUCGCAGCAGCUCCGGCAGAUGACAUGAAGGGACUCCUCUUCCGUGUUCACAAAUCCAUCCUUGUCAAACACUCUCCAGUCUUUGCAGACAUGUUCACUCUGCCUGAUCUGCCGUCCGACACUCAAGAUCAAAACAACCUGUACGAAGGCUUACCCGUUAUCCCCAUGUACGACAAGGCACAAGACGUUCGUGGCCUUCUUCGUUUCUUCUAUGAUGCCCCGUCUUUCAUCCUUGAUCGCUAUGAUCCCAAAACUGCGGAAAGGAUCUUCGGUAUACUGGCCCUAGCGAAAAAGUCCCAAAUCACGCCCUUGUGGAACCGACUGGUCAAACAUAUCAAAAGAUGCUGGCCUCAGACACUCACAGCGUGGGACGUCCUAGAAUCCGAUGCAAAAAUCCGUCACAAUCAGCGUUACGACGAGGAGCUGAUUGAUCUAGUGCCAUACAACGACGAUAUCUUCCCCGAGCCCGGGUUUGCGAUCCAUCUCGCGCGCACCCUGGACAUCCGAGAGAUCUUGCCGGCCGCGUUUUACCACCUCUCGCGCCUGAAAAUAUCUCACGAUAGGAGCGUCAAGGAGGAUACGCUUGACGACAUGAGCGAGGUUCGUCACGAAGAGAUCAGCGAACAUUUGGUGGAUUAUGGUGGUCGAACUGCCAAUUGGUCGUACCUGUCUAUCCAGGAUUUCAGAUGCUUGUUGCUCGGUCGGGAGCGCAUCGAGCGUUUCUUGCCCACCCAGCUUCAUCGUUUCGCACCUGCCGAGUGCUGGUACAAGACAUGCAAAGGAAAAGUUCCCGAGGCUCAAUAUCGGUCACUGUAUCGUUCCCCUGAUGUGCUGAAUGACCUCAAGUACUUUAUCCCCGAGGACGAAGAAUACUCCACAGACGAUAUAUGCAUGUCUUGCCGCAAACAUUCCCGGGGUAUUGCACACGACAUUCGACUGACCAUCUGGGAUCAGCUUGCAGAGUUUUUCGACCUUCCCCCUGUUCCCGAAGACGAUUUUGCCGCCGUGCUUCCUUGA